AUGAUAUCCAGAUCAAUCAGAUUAAGGGUUAACAAGCAAUUAUUACAACGCAGCAAGGUUGAAUUGAAGAAUUUCAAGUCUACCAUCAGCUUGACUAGUACUACGACCGAUUACCCCACGAAUCACUAUGAUGCAAAGGAACCAUAUUUGACGCCAACAUUUAUUAAUAAUAAAUUCAUCAAGUCAGACUCACAGACAUGGUUUGAUAUUCACGACCCGGCAACCAAUAAAGUGAUCCUGAAGGUUCCACAAUCGACGAGCGAGGAAUUGGAGGAAGCAAUUGCGUCUGCACAAUCGGCGUUUGAGGAGUGGAAAGAUUAUUCUAUUAUUAAGAGACAAUCGAUUGCAUUCCGUUUUGUCGAGUUGUUGAAGGCUAACCAGAAGCGUAUUGCGGCGAUUAUCGUGUCGGAACAGGGAAAGACGUUCCCGGAUGCCAUGGGGGACGUCUUGAGAGGGUUGCAGGUGGCAGAAGCCGCGUGUAAUAUUCCUAACGACAUGAUGGCCCAAUCGUUGGAAGUGGCCCGGGACAUGGAAACCAAGAUGGUAAGGGAGCCAUUGGGAGUUGUUGGAUCGAUUUGUCCAUUCAAUUUCCCGGCAAUGGUCCCAUUAUGGUCUUUGCCAUUGGUAUUGGUUACCGGAAACACCGCUGUGAUCAAGCCCUCUGAAAGGGUUCCAGGAGCAGCAAUGAUCUUGGCUGAGUUAUGUGAACAGGCAGGCGUUCCUCCUGGUGUUGUGAACAUGGUCCAUGGUAAACAUGAUACCGUGAACAAAAUCAUCGAAGAUCCUAGAAUCAAGGCGAUCACAUUUGUUGGUGGAGACAAGGCCGGUAAAUACAUAUACGAGAAGGGUACUAAAUUAGGAAAGAGGGUCCAGGCCAACUUGGGAGCAAAGAACCAUUUGAUUGUAUUGCCAGAUGCAGACAAGAACCAAUUUAUUAACGCUGUCAGUGGGGCAUCUUUUGGUGCCGCGGGCCAAAGAUGUAUGGCAAUCUCUGUUUUGGUCACAGUUGGUAAAGAAACUGCUGCGUGGGUGGAAGAUGUGGCCAAGGAUGCUGCUGCGUUAAAGGUUGGAAGUGGAUUUGAUUCUACAUCCGACUUAGGUCCUUUGAUCAACCCCGAAUCUUUAACCAAAGCUAAGGAGAUUAUUGAGGACUCUGUUAAGCAAGGGGCUAAGAUUAUUCUCGACGGUAGAAACUUCAAACACGAUGAUGCAAAGUUCCAUAAAGGUAAUUUCUUAGGCCCAACCAUUUUGACUAAUGUCAAGCCAGGUGUUAGAGCGUAUGAUGAAGAGAUCUUUGCUCCUGUCUUAUCAGUUGUUAAUGUCGAUACCUUCGACGAAGCUAUAAGCUUGGUCAAUGCAAACAAGUACGGUAAUGGGGUUUCGCUUUUCACCACUUCAGGCCCAGCUGCUCAAAAAUUCGCUAAAAAUAUCGCAUGCGGUCAAGUUGGUGUCAACGUACCAAUCCCAGUUCCAUUACCUAUGUUCUCGUUCACAGGUAACAAAGGUUCCUUCUUGGGUGAUUUGAACUUCUACGGAAAGGCUGGAAUUACAUUCUUAACUCAACCAAAAACGAUUACCAGCUUGUGGAAAACCACCCCAUUUGAUGAUGUAUUGAAACCAUCAACAUCAAUGCCAACUCAUGAUUAA